CGAGUAAGCAACGGCAUGGAAAGGUCGUCGUUAAAGUAUAUUUCUAUCAGUUCGUCGCUGUACAGCUAUAUAGCACUUAUCCAAGUGAUAAAAACCCGUGCGCUAUUGAAGCAGCACUCGGUAGAUGUAGACAUCCACCCCAUCCUCCUCGGCGCCGUAAACGCCGCCUCCGGCAACAAGCCCCCCUGGACGCUGCCCGCCAAAGCCGCCUUCGGCGCCCACGACGCCCGGCGCUCGCUGCGCGCCGUCGGCCUGCUGCCCCCGUCCGACGCCGUCUCCGCGCCGGGCGACCUGAUGGAAGCCGGCAAGAGCCAGGUCGCGCUGCGCGCGCUGCUGUGCGUCAAGGACAGGUUUCCGGAACUCGCGUACCUCGCGACCUGGCGCGCUUUGAUGCGCGCCUUUUGGACCCUGCAUAGGCCGCCGAUCACCCCCGCGGCGCUGAGGGAGGCGCUGGAGCGGAUCCCGGCUGCUGCUGCGAUGGAGGACGGGUUGCUUGGCGGUAGUAGCAGCAGCAGUAGUGGUGGUACUUCUUCUCCGCCUAAGAAGGGGAAGGGAAACGGGGAGGAAGAGGGAGAGGAAGAGGAAGAGGGAGAGAGGAAAUUGUUCUCGCCCGCCGAAGUCGCGGAGAUCGAAAAGGCGGAAAGCUCCCCUGAGUACAAGGCCAAGCUCCGGGCGACGACGCAGGAGGCGCUCGAGCGAGGCGCGUUCGGCGCUCCCUGGAUGUGGGUGACGCACGGGACGACGGGGCGCGGCGAGCCGUUCUUCGGCAGCGAUAGGUGGAGCCACGUGUAUGCGUUCCUGGGGCUGCCGUAUCGAGACGUCGAGUUAUUGCCGCCGGGGGGUGCUAGAGGGUCGGGAGCGAAGCUCUGAAUUUCCUUUCUACUUACAUAAGUCAUACGUUCACGUAUAUUGGAAGCUAUAGCGAACGGAUCAUUUGUGCUUUCAUAAUAGGAAUCAUGAUUUCUCUGGGAAACAGAUUUAUACUUGAGGAUGUUGGGGAUAGUUAAAAAGGCACUGCGUCUGCAUUCAAAAUUGUUCAUUUAUUAAUUAAGCAUGUUGUAUACGCUAUAUCAUGUGAAUCUUUUUUUCUCUUUACCGAAGCAUUAAGUUGCCCGGCCGAGUUCCACGUCGAGGCCUUAUUAAUGGUUUUCUUGCGCAUGAUGGCCAGAAUAUCCUUCUCCAUCGUGUCAAUGCCCUUUUCGAUUUCUA